AUGAAAUUCCAUACACAUACGCUGGCGUUCGUGCUCCACCUGGUAUCGCUCGCGUUUCUGAUCUUGGCGCUUAUCGCGGUGCCCGUCACCUCCAAGCUGGUUCUGUCGCGUAACGGCCACUAUACUUUUGGGUCGCUUGGUUACUGCAACACAAGCACAAACAAGUGCGAGUAUUCUCUGGCCGACCAUAAGUACUUGAACAACGGGUCUGGCUGGAAAAUGAGCCACGACUCGCGGUCGCGCUUGUGCGAGCUUAUCAUGGCGACGCCUGCCGCUGUUGGUUUGACGCUGUUCAGCACCAUUUUGGUGUUCUGGGGCCAUUUUAGCUGGGCAGCCCGCUCAACAGUGUUUUGGGCGUUCUCCACAGUGCUAUCUGGUUUGGCCUUUAUUGCGUCCACCUUGGUUUGUGUCACCGUUGUGCUGCUUUUUUUCCCCUAUCUCACCUGGACAAGCUGGCUGUUGGUCCCAGCAGCAGCACUCAACCUGCUCUCCUUGAUCCUCAUCACCAUUGCCAUCAAACUCGGACCGCAGAGCUACAGAGACGACCAAGACGACACCACUUCCGUGGAGGAGAAAAAAUUCGACGAUUCGGCCCUAUCGUUCGCACAUAAACCGUACUCUGGCGGAUUCGUGAACCAGUCGGGCCAGUCGCUGCGCUCGUCGUUCGACUUGGAGCCAAAGAAAAUGCGCGACAUGGUCACAACGUACCAGAUGGACUCGCAGAACUUUUCCAGCAGUUUCUUGAACGAAAAACGCAGCGAAACAGGCGCCUCGGCAACAAUCAUCAACUCAAACCCUCCAGAGCUCAAGUUGCCCAACAUCACCAACCCGUAUACGUCCAGCACAGACAUGUCUGGCUCCAAGAGCAGAUUGGCCAACCCAAUCGGACUGUCUGCCACCGAGUUGUCGCACUCUCCAGUGGCCACCAGUGUUUAUUCCAACGACGACAGACUCAAAGUUUCUGGAGAUAACGUUCCAGACUCGCACUCUGUGGGGUCGAACGAAGUGUCUUCGAGCGCAGCCUCGAACUUCACCAGUGUCUCGCAACGGGAAAUCAACCCAAAGUAUUACACUGGAGCCCAGCAAAGAGCAAACCUCCCAGGACAAUACAUGCAAACUCCGUACCAAAACCAGCCACCGCCGCUUCAGUACAGUGGACAGUACUAUCCGCAACAACAGGGUCCUCCUCCAGUGAUGCAAAUGCCUCCACAGCAGCCGUAUUAUGCUCCAACCUAUGCUCCGUCGUACAAUCCACCAAAACCAAAAAACAAUAGAGCAGACGUGCUAUUGAACAACAAUCCGGACUUUGCCAUUGGAGCACCAACUUCAAGACGGGCCGGAUAUAAAAAAUUCGGCGGAGUUGGUCAACCUCAGGGAGGAUUUCAUCCAGGAAUGAUGGGAAGAGACACUGUUCCUCCACAUUUGGCUUCGGGAAGCUAUAAAAACCGGCCAAAACCCAACUUCCCAGCAGCGUCGUUAUCGAAAGACAGUCCUUACGGCAGACUGUAA